UUUGUUAUUUUGUUUUUUCGUUCACGUCCAAAAAUAUCGCUGUCAAAAAUCGAAUGGCGCGGGUGACAAUCUCGUGUUUUCUCAUGAUAUAUGUACAUCCUCGAUGACUUUUUAAAAGCGUGUCGAGAGGUGGAAACGACGCGGUCGAGGAACGGAAGAGUCGAGGUUGAUCGAGGCUCGGAGGAACAACAACGGUCGACGACGACGUCGUCGUCACCGUCGUCGUCGUCGUCGUCAGCAGGCUUCAUCGUGCUUCGACAAAAAUGACGACAUCCUUCAUCACCUCUGCCAGAAUAAUCGAGGCGCGCGAUUGAUCGAUGUCGUGCUGCGUCGCCGAGACGUUAAUCAAGUCAUCGGUUUACCGAGCGAAUAAGCGCGCUUCUUCCCUCGUGUCAUUCGAACGAAGGAGGAGGGAGAGAGAGACGGAGAGAGGAAAGAGAAGGGAGGAUAAAAACGAAUUAAAUUUUUGCACUCGCACGGUACACCGGAACUGCAAGAAGCCGUCCACGCGAGAACGAGAGUGCAACGGAUCGCCGGAAGGCGUGGAGCAGAAAGGAGAAAGAGAGACAGAGAAAAAGAGAGGGAGAGAGAGAGAGAGAGGGAAACUGGAGUAUUAGAUGCGGGGGAGGGAGUACGUUUCGAUAGAAGGAGCGCGACGAGGAAUCCGGAGCUGGUAGACAGGUAGGACGGGCAUCAUCCUCGGGGAGGUCGACUCCAGGAGGCGUACUCCGUCGUCGCCAUGGACGAGUGCAUGCUGAACGACUUGUUGGAGUGUUCGGUGUGUUUGGAGCGACUUGACACCUCGAGCAAGGUACUGCCGUGUCAGCACACGUUUUGCAAGAAGUGUCUGGAGGAGAUCGUGAGCACUCAUCGCGAGCUGCGUUGUCCGGAAUGCCGUGUCCUCGUGGACGCGAAGGUGGACGACCUGCCGCCGAACGUUUUGCUGAUGCGGAUCCUCGAGGGGAUGCGCAACGCCGCGCCGAAGAACCAGAUCAAGUCUGCCUUGUCCAGGUCUUCCGGCGGCACCGCCGUACCACAACGGCUCUUCGGCGGCCACCAGGUCGCCCCGGCGCCCAUAGUCACCGCCAGUCUCGCCCCCGCCAUCGCCAUCGCUUCCGAACCGGCGAUACGGCACUCCAACGCUGCAGCCAAGCAGGUGCACCUGCACAAUCAGGCGUACGGAAGGGCGAUCUACGAUUAUGUUUCUAAGGAGGCAGGUGAUUUGAGUUUCAAGAAGGGUGACAUAGUCAUUCUUCGAAAGAAGAUUGACAAGAAUUGGUACUUUGGAGAGUGCGGCAAUAAUCACGGUGUCUUUCCACUCUCUUACGUUCAGGUGAUGACACCUUUGACGCCGCAUGUACCUCAAUGUAAAGCACUAUAUGAUUUUAGAAUGACAAAUGAUGAUGAGGACGGUUGUUUAACUUUUAACAAGGGAGAAGUCAUUAGUGUUAUCAGAAGAGUAGACGAAAAUUGGGCAGAAGGUAAACUUUUGGAUAGAAUUGGCAUCUUUCCAUUAGCUUUUGUAGAGCUGAAUAGCGUCGCCAGAGCUCUGAUGAAACUUUCCACUAAUGUACAGCCAGGACCGUCGAGAUUAGCUCCACCAACUCCAACGAACGAGGAAACCACGCCGUUAAUACCAACCGAUCAUACGCGUAAUGUACAAACAACCAGUCAGUCUCGCUCGCAAUUGGUACAAAACGCCGCGUUACCAGUAUCUGAUUCUGUCUCAAACGUCUCGUCUGGUGGCAGCUCUACAACAACUACUCCAAACACCCCCAAUAGCUCGACCACGUCCAGCAGUUCCAGUACUGCUCCAAGCAGUCCUGGCAGUCCCGCGACAUCACCACCCGCGGUUGGGAAUAGACACAAUAUUAAACGUCAUAGUUUCACUGCCGUCAAUACAGGUCAUCACUCUCAUCCUCAUCACAGACACAGCGCUGAGAUACUUAGUCCUCCAAUAGACAGUGCCCCUAAUAACGCCAAUAAUGGUGGAGGCAAUGAAUCGUUUUCCUCCUUACAAAUCAAUAGUUGUACAGAUCACAAUCUUCGACACAGACGAAGUGGUAGCAGCGACCUCGUUCUUGCCCAGCAAAGUGCACCCGCUAAUCAGACUUCCAGCGUAUCUGGCGCGACACAUUUACCUGCGGCGUACAUAGCACUUUAUCCUUACAAGCCUCAAAAGGCGGACGAGCUCGAGUUGCGGAAGGGUGGAAUUUAUAUGGUGACGGAACGUUGUCAAGACGGAUGGUUCAAAGGAACGUCCAAUCGCACCCAGAAAUGCGGAGUCUUCCCUGGAAAUUACGUUGCACCUGCCAAAUGUCAACGCGGAUUGUGUCGCGGAUCGCCAAAUUCUCCAAGCCAACAUCAAGUUUCGCCAUUAUCAAAUGCAGCAUCGAACGCCGAGUCACGCUUGGCCGUGACAUACACGAAGAGCAAAGGUCCCGCGCCGCAACCCUCGUACAAUCCUCGUGCACUGCCGCCGCCUGAAUUACCGCCACGCGCUAUCAGUCCCUCUUCGACGACAGUAUCUUCAUCCUGGCAUGGCAGCGCAGGUCAACCGAGUCAAGGAUCGAAUCAGGAAACUAGUCCGCCGCGACACAAUGACCAAAAUGCGACCGCCAAUCCGAUUGGACGCAGUCAUAGCAGCGUAGUGAUGACCUCAAAUAUCCCUUCGCCUGGCAAACAAAUUACGGUCUCUUCAUCGCUACAACCGCCUGUGGGUCUCAACAGCGCUAAUAAUGGCUGUAGCAGCGCUACUAUUUCCGCUUCUUCUUCUUCCACGAGCGAUAUGAAUAGAAGUCCGAACAAUACUCUGCGUAUAGUAGCUACCGCAUCCUCGAAUGCAACUGCAGCUGCGUACAGAACCACGGAAAAGCCAAAGGAAAAAAAGGACAAAUGUGUCUCCUUGAUGCGGCGCUUGACCAAUAUUAAAAAGUCCAAAUCACCUCCACCAGCGACAUAUUCGAUGGAUAAUCCUGUAUUCGACGACGGUAAUUCCGUCAAUCCAAUGCACGUUCGAUCGGGAUCUUGUCCAAGUCAGUUGCUACAGGUGACACCUACACAGGAAUUAAAUGCUUCAAACAGCCAACACCGCUUAUGUCCAGGCUCUGUGCAAGGACACGCCACAUCUUCACAGAGAUUGAAAUACAAAGAGAGACCUUCCUUACCAGUGUCAGUAAUUCAGAGAUCCGGUGAAUCUAGUGCAAUGGUAUGUCCCACUGUUGGAAAUCAUCAUCGUAAGAGUAACUCUUUGGACGCUGGUAUGGGAAAGCAAACAAAGCAACAGUUAUCACGCGAACGCGAUCGGGUGUACAGAUUCCGUUGUAUCGUACCGUAUCCACCUAAUAGCGAAUUUGAACUGGAGCUCCGCGUGGGAGACAUAAUAUACGUGCAUAAGAAGCGUGAUGACGGAUGGUACAAGGGUACACAGCAACGCACCGGUCGCACAGGACUAUUUCCGGCAAGUUUUGUGGAAGCUUUCUGAGACCCAACGCAAAGUCGCUUAGUAUUAGAAACUUGUAUAUAAACUCGGCCUUCUGCGUAAGUACCGUAUAUUAUAUAUUUAAAGACAGGAAUCGCAUCCCGACACGAAACUUACGUGUAUAGCAUGCCAUAUUGUAUUUGUUGCAGAUUUUCUUGAACUUUAGAAAUUAUUAUUGACUUUAAAUCAAUUAUACAUGUAAUUCAGACUGUGCAAUGUAAUACGCGCUGAAAUUAUUGUGCAAUGACGAGAAAAUCAGCAACAAAACAAUAUCAUCUUUAUGCACCGCGAACUUGACGAAUUAUCAUACGUCAGAUAGUGAGCGAUUGAUAUAACGUCAAGUUAAGGAACGUAUUAACGCGGUGAAUGUAAUGGACAAUUUUAGUGCAAAAUAAUUAUAUGCAUAUUCUAUGUAUAAAUAUGCAAUGAAAUGAGACAAUGGGUAGUCUAUGAACGCAUAUUAUAUGUGCGUGUUGAGAUUAUCCGGAAAACUUAUACUGCCAUUGGGUAAUGUAGGCUGAUGUAAUGAAAUGAUGAAUUCUUUAUUAUGCGCGACGUUACUGCCAUUUGCGAAGGUAAAGGAAAAAUAUUAGUUUCCUGUUUUAAAGGCUAUUGAUUUUUAAAAAUCUACUUACUAUCUCUUCAAUAUGUCCAUAAU